AGAAGAGUUGAAGCGCUUCAUGUGCCCGGUGCGAGAAGAGCGCACAACCCCAAAUAUCUACAUAUUCACUGCAAUGUCUCAUCCGCGUCGCUUGUUUCCAYUGACCGGACUGUUUGUGCAGCCGGAGAUUCAGGACUGACUUCUCAGCGACUUGACUUUCUUCUGAUCUCUUUUUCUCUCACACAACAACAAAGCUGAAAGAAAAAAAAAACUGAUCGCAGCGAUGACAGCUGUGAUUGUUUCACCUCGAAGUUGCUGAGAUUCGCAUCCUUCUGCAUCGUUGACUCUCUCCCUCCUCCUCUCCAUGCAGGCUAGAAACAGGAUGGAAUUGGUUUUAUUAUCAGUGUUACUUGGACUGGCCGGCGCUCUGGCCAAUGAGGAGAAAUGUUCCUCAGGGCAGUACACGUCGAGUGGAGAAUGCUGCAAGCAGUGUCCGCCUGGCGAGGGUGUCGUCACACCCUGUGGAGCUUCUCAGACCGUCUGUACGCCAUGCCUCGACAGUGAAACCUUCUCAGAAAACUUCAGCCACAAAGAGAGAUGCCAGUCGUGCACACGAUGCCAAGGCUUGCUCCGCAUGGAGACGCCCUGCACGGACUCUAACGAUGCCAUCUGUGUGUGCGACUAUGGUUACUACCUGCAUACGCUCACUCAGCGGUGUGAACCUUGCACUAAAUGUCCCGAAGGACAGGGCAUGCUGUACAGCUGUGAGUCAGACCACGACACCGUGUGUGAGGUGUGCAACGAGGACACGUACUCGGACCAGGAGAGUUCUCGGGACCCCUGCAUCCCCUGCACCACUUGUGAUGAAGGGGCGCCGUUGGAGGCCUGUACCCCUGUUAAAGAUACAGUUUGUGAAUCACCCUACUCGCCACCCUCRAGCACGCCUUAUACUGACUUCGUAACACCCAUCGAUGAAUACUCGAUGCCAGACGUCUCCCCACCAGAGGACUCGACAGAAAGCAGCCCCACCACGACGAACGGAGACUCUCAGCAGCGACUCUACCAGGGACUGAACGACAAGCUCAUCCCCAUAUACUGCUCCAUCCUGGCUGCUGUGGUCGUCGGCCUGGUGGCCUUCAUCAUCUUCAAAAGUUGUCACCAUCGAUGAAGAGCCCUGUUUGCUCCUUCCUCUCCACACUAGAGAGAAAGUGGAGAAGCUGCUUUUCAGAGGCGACGAAGGCGACGAUUCCAACCACAUUCAGGACAGCGACUGGUGCAACCUGGCGGGCCUCCUGGGGUACGAGGAGGAGCGAAUUGCCACCUUCCAGCAGGACGAGCAUCCUGUGCGAGCGCUGCUUUCCGACUGGGCGAGCAAAGACUGCGCCAGCGUCGACGCGCUGUGCACGGCGCUGCGUAAGAUCAACCGUGACGACGUCGCCCAGAGUCUAGUGCUCAGCCCGAGCGUUACAAAGCCCACUGCCACUUCUGUAGUCUAACUUUGUUUUAUUGUGUGCAAAAACCCUGGAACCAUGGAACUGAAAAAAAAAGGCACAUUACGUAUAAUUCAUGCUGCAACUGCUUAAUGCUAUCUUCUCAUGAAGCCGCUGGUCUGCAGAUUAAUUAAGUAAUAAAGGGAACGAUGUAAAAAUACACAGAAACUCUAAGAAUAUUAAAUGAAAAAUAAUUUGAGGUAAGCCAUAACAUUUAGAUAAUAUUCUAACAUUUUAAAAUUCACCAUAUAACUUUGUCUUAUAUGAAUCAUUCCAUUUCAAAAACUGCCUUUCCCCAUUUACAACAUCCUGGUUUGACAUUCUUUGAAUUGUUGUCUUGAUUCUGAAACAUCCAUGCUUUUGUAGCUUUGGCGGUCAUAAUCCGAGUUUGUUUCUUUUGCUCUGCGUUACCAAAUACGAGGGAACAUUUUAAAACCGAUCCUGUCAACUGACAUUAUUUACGGGCCGCUUUAAAAUGUUUUAAAUUUAGCCUGACGAAUGGCUUGUGUCUAUAACUGCUCCCCUGAUCAGGCCUGCAUACCUCCGAAGGAUCUGGAUCUGUGCAAACGUGACACUCCGAGGAAGCACCUCCUGGGUUCGUUUGGAGUUGGACGUCUUCCCUUGCACAAAGUCCACAGAAGGGUCAUUUGUUUCCUCUCAUUUUCAAAUUCGUGUUUGAUGAAGGGAGCAGUAGCGCAAACGGACGUUAUCUCGUCUUCAUCGUGAGCGAUGUGCUGCUCGACCUGGAGGUGUGCAGGUCAGGGCAACAUGAUUCCAGUGCAGCUACACGACACAGCUCAGAAAAGAGCAGGAACCCUUGAAGCAUUGGAAAUCCCACUGACAAUCUUAUACCCURUAUAUAUAGUGAAAAAGUAGACAAAUUAUAGGCAUAGAUUUCCUUGACAUAGCCUGUAGCUUUGCAUGCAUGUGCUGUGGAUAAAGCUCACCCUUUAUAUUCUUKGUGAUUAUUUGAGGUUACAGAACACUCCAAAUCCUGCCACUGAUUCUCAUAAWGGGACCAUAUACUGGUUUUAUUUGUAGCUUUGUCACUUAACUCUGUUACUAAAGUAAAGUAUGUCAUUUGGUUAGGUUAGGUUUAGGUUAGUCUACUGUCACAGACAUAAGCAUGCAUGGACAAAUCUCACACAUWGUACAAUCAGGAAUUUAAAUAAAAACCUAAAAUUUACUAGUCUUUCCCUAACUAUAUUUAAAUACAUGCCCAGAGGCCUUACUAAGACCAUGCUCUAGCUGUUGUUUAAUAUUGUAUUGGAAGGAAAAAAAACAAGCGUUUGUUUCUUCUUUGUUUUGAACAAUGAUGUCUGGAUUGGAGGAGGGUCAGAAAAAUGGUUGGAGGUUCUGACGGGAUCAAGCAGUUUCGAGAAAAGAGAUCUCCAUCAACCAUCUGUUUUAGAUACAAGCAUGAAAGCGCGUUUUUACUUUGGGUUGUUUUGUGCCUUAUUGAAUUGAACAUGUGUAAUGUUUGCUUCUGCUUGUGGGAGAAAACAUUUGAAGGAUCAAACCGAUGAACUGUGUUAAAACUCACUCAAACCUUUGCUGUCACCACUGUCAUGCCUCAGUGUUUCUUUACAUGAAGGUGUACUUACUGCUCUCCAAAGGCUGUCACUUAACUCCUAAAUAACAGUUCUACAGUGGUUUGCAAAAGUAUUCAUACCCUUUGAACUUUUCCAUAUUUUGUCACAUUACAACC